AUGUCUCUUGUCGUAAUCGUCGCGGUGGCAUUGUUGAGUUCUUGUAUUGGAUCGUCAGCGGCGUUCGAUUCAACGUGUGGAAACAAACCGGCGAGAUUUAUCGUCGUUGACCAAACCGGUCAAGGUUUCCAAACGGUUCAAUCGGCCAUCGACUCCGUCCCCGAACAAAAUUAUCAAUGGACGAAGAUCAAAAUCAGCCGAGGCGUCUACGUGGAGCAGGUGACGAUACCGUACAACAAACCGUGCAUAAUUCUAGAAGGGGAAGGUCAGGAUCUCACGGAGAUAUCGUUUAACGCUCACCAAGCUACGGAUACAAGCUCGACCCUCACUUCUUAUCCACCGUACACCGUAUUUCGACGUAUCACCUUCACGAACACGUAUAACCAUAUAUAUCUUCGGUUAAGGCCGGAUUUGAGCUCGGAUAUAAAACAGGCAGUAGCGGUUAGGGUUCUUGGAGACAAAUCGGCGUUCUUUGAUUGCGGAUUCGUGGGUUUACAAGAUACAUUGUGGGAUGUCCAAGGCCGACAUUAUUUCAAGAAUUGUUACAUUGAAGGCGCCAUUGAUUUUAUCUUCGGUUAUGGCCAAUCCGUUUAUGAGGAUUGUCGUGUAAACUCGACGGCGGGUGCGUUAUCGUCGCAGUUGGAGUACGGAUACAUAACGGCGCAAGGGCGUGAAAAUUCAGCGAACCCGAGCGGGUUCGUGUUCCUACGUGGUUCGGUCACGGGGACCACCAAGGCAUACCUCGGACGCGCCUAUGGUCCGUUUUCCCGAGUCAUAUUCAUCGGCACGACUUUCGGAUCCAUCGUUAUGCCUCAAGGCUGGGAUUCUUGGUCCUACCAAGGCCACGAGCGUGGUAUCACGUACGCGGAAGUGGAUUGCCAUGGAUCAGGAGCCGAUACGUCGCGAAGAGUGCCCUGGGUCGAGAAAUUUGAUGCCGCUGAUGCCAAGCAUCUCUUCUCCAUCAACUCAUUCAUCAAUCAAGACCGGUGGAUCGACAAUAUUCCCUCCUGA